AUGGAACAGGCUUCAUCUUGGAUGUUGAUGAGGAGGAGAAUGUUUUUUCAGUCCCAUUUUCAAGUGUCAAUGAAUAGUUUAAGUGAGAGUUGGGAAGAAAAAUCAUUUGCAGAAGAUGCAGCUAGGUCUUUAGGGGGAUGCGUAUGGCCUCCCAGAUCAUAUACUUGUAGUUUUUGCAAGAGAGAAUUCAAGUCAGCUCAGGCUCUGGGUGGUCAUAUGAAUGUUCAUAGAAGAGAUAGAGCUAAGCUCAAACAAUCUCAUAGCCCCAACAAUGAUGCUGUAUUUCAUCAAAAUCAAAAUCCCAAUCCUCUAAUCUCACCUGACCCUAUAUUCCCACAUCGCCCUCAUAGUUCUGAUCUUACCCUUUCACCUUUAUCUGCUCCUUGUUCCAUUGUUGGAGGAGAACAUGAAAGGCAGCUAUUUAGGUCAGAUUCCACUACAAAAACAACUCUCAGCAAUGUUAUUUCAACUUCUUAUGAUGAUGAUGAUGAUGAUGAUGUGGAAAUCAAUUACAAAAGAAGAAAGAUUGCUGUUCCAACGCUGCCGUUUUUAGUUGUCGGAAUAGCAGGCUCCUUGGAGGAGUUGGAUCUUGAGCUCAGGCUUGGUGUUGAACCAAAGUUGAAGUAA